AUGCCGCAAGUUGCCAUUGGUGGUUUUCUUGGAAAAAGACCAAGAUCUAAUCAUAAUGAAAGUGGUGAAGGAUCUUCCCAAACACCAUUCACCAAUCAAUCAAUUCCUUCCGUUUCUAAUGCAAUUCCACAAACACCAUGCUCUAAUGAAUCUAAUGAAACUAUUGAUUUGAAAGAUCUUCCAAAGGACCCGGCGGAUAGGCCAAAGAUUACAAGUUAUAAAUCAAAUGUAAGAGAUGAUGUAAGAAGAGCUUAUUUGCUUCAAGGGCCUUGUCAAAUAAUGUCACAUAAGUUUCCAAAAAAGAAAAUAGGUGAUAGAUUAAGAAGCUUCGUUCCUUCAUGGUUUGAAGAUUUUGAUUGUUUAGUGUUUCCUGGUCAUGACGAGUCGGUUAACUCGGAAAAUAGAGGGCUUUACAUUGAAGUGCUAAAAGCCAUGCGAGAGACUAGUGAAGAUAUUUUCAACAAUACUUUAGAAAAUGCUCCUAAAAACAAUCAACUUAUUUUCCCAAACAUUCAAAAGGAACUUGUGCAAUUUUUUUCACAAGAAGUACAUUGGAGUAUUCGCCAAGAGAUUAGUCUUGGCUUUGUGACGGAAAGAUUCAUUGGACUUGUUCACGUGAAGGACACAUCCUCUUUGACACUAAAAAAUGCCAUAAAUGAAGUACUUACAAGUAAUAAGUUGAGUUUUAAUCAGAUAAGAGGACAAGGUUACGAUGUGGCUAGCACUAUGCGAGGGGAAUUCAAUGGUUUCAAAGAUUUGAUAUUACAAGAGAAUGACACGGCUUUUUAUGUACAUUGCUUUGCACACCAACUUCGAUUAGUGGUUGUGGCUGUAGCAAAAAAGCAUGAUGGUGUUAGUGAUUUUUUGAGCAAAUUUUGUUGGUGGUUAAUGUUGUUUGUGCCUCAUGUAAAAGAAAAUACUUACUAUGAGAACAAGCAAGAGAAAGGGUGCAAAAAGGAUUACGUAGUGGUGAACUUGAAACGGGGAAAGGUGUUAGAUUUUGUGAAAGAAAAAGGUGGGUCAUUAGCAAACCGUCAACAAGCGUCCGGAAUCUUAUCAUAUUUUAAAUCAUAUGAGUUUGUGUUUUACUUAUAUAAGAUGUAUGAGAUUUUACGUCUCACGGGUACAUUGUCAAAGCAACUUCAAAGAAAAGAUCUAGACAUUUUAGAAGUGGCUUCGAUGGUUAGAGGGACAAUGGAGGGAUUGAAAGUUUUAAGAAACACGGGGUUUGCUAGCAUUUUGCCAAAGGUUGAAAUCUUCAAUACGGUGGUGGAUAUGCAACUUCUAGAAUAUCAGGAUCAAUUUAGUGAAACAACCACCCAACUACUAGAAUACAUGGGUGCUUUGAGCCCUUGUGAUUCAUUUGCACAAUUUGACAAAUCAAAGUUGUUGAAGUUGGGUGAGUUGUACAAGUAUGACUUUGAUGAUUUAGAUAUGAUAGACCUUGAAGUACAACUUGACAUAUUUUAUCACUAUUGCAUCAAAGAUGAGCGCUUCACUACUUUGAAAGGAAUUUCCGACCUUUCUCGUUUGAUGGUUAGCACGGGGAAACAUCGGUCUUAUCCUUUGGUUUAUAAGCUUUUAAAGUUGACUUUGAUAUUACCCAUAGCCACUGCAAGUGUAGAAAGAUGUUUUUCGAAGUUGAAACUCUUGAAGACCAACUAG